GUUUUUACUUGUUACCGCUCGAUGGCGCAAGUCUAUUCGAAUCUCAGCAAGUAACCUCAUAAUUAAACCGAUUUUUCUGUAAAUCUAGAAUCUCUGUCCGUACAUUUGUCCAACUUGAUGUUAAAAAAUAAAAAGAAAACUUUGCCUACGUCUAUACGUGUUUUCCAUGUAAAAUCCUCAUUUAUGUAACUGUACCUUUCUACCGCCAUUCUGCUCGAUAGGUAUAAAGGUGAAAAGCUUAUACAGAAUCUAAACCUUGAACAGGAUUUCUCACGCUGAUAAAUUCGUCCUGUAUAAAUAUCUGAAUGGCUCGUGUUGCGAGACGAACUGAAACAGAAACCGGCUGGUGUGUUUACAUCAACGAUAAAUCGUGAAUGGGAAUGUAAGCUAUGCUGCAAACUCUUCGUGAGCGUUCUCAGAAACGCAAGAAACUCCUGGCUCAAACGCUGGGGGUUUCUAGCGUAGACGAGCUCAGGCAGAUUUUGGGAACGGAUGUGGAGGAGUCUCAGAGGAAGAGAGGAAAACAGUUCAAUGACAAGUCUGACAAUGCGGUCAAAGAUUUGAAAGACGAUGCAGCACUGACAGACGAGAUUGUAUACAAAGACUCCUCAACGUUUUUGAAAGGAACCCAGUCAUCGAAUCCACACAAUGACUAUUGUCAACAUUUCAUUGAUACUGGCCAACGACCACAGAAUUUUAUCAGGGAUGUGGGCUUGGCCGACAGAUUCGAGGAGUAUCCCAAGUUGCGCGAAUUAAUCAAGCUGAAGGAUGAUCUAAUCGCGGAGACCGCGACGCCACCAAUGUAUCUAAAAACAGACCUGCUGUCGUAUAACUUGAAAGAGCUCAAUUGUAAAUUUGAUGUCAUUCUUAUAGAGCCACCUCUGGAAGAAUAUCAAAGAACAUGCGGCGCGACCAAUGUGCAGCUCUGGAAUUGGGACCAAUUUUGGUACGUUUGUGCGCAGAUAAUGGAGCUGGAUAUCGGUGAAGUAGCGGCCAACCGGAGCUUCGUGUUCCUUUGGUGCGGUAGUAGCGACGGUCUGGACAUGGGCCGGUUCUGCUUGCGCAAGUGGGGCUUCCGUCGUUGCGAGGAUAUCUGCUGGAUCCGUACGAAUAUUAAUAAUCCAGGCCACAGCAAGAACUUGGAUAGUAAGGCAGUGUUGCAGAGGACAAAGGAACACUGUCUAAUGGGCAUCAAGGGUACAGUACGACGUUCCACCGACGGGGAUUUCAUCCACGCGAACGUUGACAUCGAUCUCAUCAUAUCUGAGGAGCCCGACUACGGCUCUAUAGAGAAGCCCGUGGAGAUUUUCCAUAUAAUCGAACAUUUUUGUCUUGGUCGAAGACGGCUGCAUCUUUUCGGUCGCGAUAGCACUAUCAGGCCGGGUUGGCUCACUGUUGGCCCGGAACUGACCAACACCAACUUCAAUGCGGACCUGUAUCAGAGUUAUUUCACCAAUGGGCAAAUCACCACCGGCUGCACCGAGAGAAUAGAAGCGCUUCGGCCGAAAUCGCCGCCACCGAAGGGAAAAGUAUCCGGUCGUGGUAGAGGAGGUUUCAAUCGGGGCAGAGGCAGAGGGAGAUAAAUAAUAUCAAAUACUAUGUGUUCGAAUUUUCGAACACGUUAUUAUUACCAUUACUAUGUAUAAGAUGUCAACGUAAAUAUAAGAAAAAUUCACGGAGUACAUGUUCGUGACGCGCUGGUUUUCUCUUCUCUUUAUAGGAUAUCCCGAAUACUCGAUUAGUCUCUUCGAAAAACUCGAAAUCAAAGUUUCCAAAACGAAGUUCCAACGUCAUAAAGGGGGCUAAAUACAACGUCAAAUCUGCUUAAAACUAAUCACAAAAUCAAGUCACAUAUUU